AUGGCCCAGGGCUUCAAUCACCAGGUCGAUCUUGUUGUGCCAGAGGCGUGCUACGAGCUUGUCAAACGAAAGUUGGUUGAGCAACACGAUGCCCCCGUCUACCAACGCGUCACCAUGACUCUUGGGCAGAUCCUCGAUGGCGCCUUCUUUCUCGAAUACAUGAAGAAGGGCCUCCUCACCAUGUACAUGGACAAGGAAACCUACGAACGAGCUGGCCUCGUAGGGAAGCCGUACGGCGUCAAGGGCAAGAGGGGCUUGAAACCGAGAUGGAUUGUGAGCUACCAAUUACGCGAUGAGUCGAUGUUUCACGGCAAGAAAGGGUUCGAUCGCUUGCUAUAUGCCUGCAGAAACGUUUUGAAGCAGCCAGUUACCUGGCUAUUUGCCAACCUUGGCUCCACACCCUCGCCCGACCCCAUGGAGCAGCUCGCGCCGAUCAAAUUCACCUCGCGUCCGGGCCUCGUGAAUGGCGCUGACGUUGUAGCGCCGGCACUGAACGUUCCUUUUGAGGUUCUUGCCCAAGGCGAUCGGCAUGGUCUCGAAGAGUUUGCCAGCGAGACGUACGAGUGGCUUUCACUGGUGCGCCUCGAGAGCCCUCGUGUUGCUGUAGGCGAUGACAUCAACUCGUACCUGUCGCGAUACCAGGUCCCCAACGAUUCGGAAACGGUGUCGAGAGCCAGGGUAUGCAAGAUUACCUGGAAGGGUCUCCUGACAGCCGACUGGGUACGUCAGCUUCUCAUCGACGUUCUCGCGACGGUGCCCUCGCGGGCUUGGAUCUCCUUCAGCGCCACGUCCUUUUCCAAGGGCAUCGUCAAUGAGAGCGCCGAAAUCUCCUUUCUUCGACCACCCGAUGCCGCGGGACACUAUCUUAUGUGGGAGAUCCAAGGUCAAGAGGCUUGA